AUGUUGAUAUUGGUGUUGGGUGUUGGUGUCGCUAUUGGUGCUGAUGCUAGUCUUGACGUUAGUGUCGAUAUUGGAUUGUUGCUGUUAGUGUUUGAUGUUGAUGCUGGUGUUGGUGUUAAGGUUGGUGUUGGUGCCGUUGUUGGGUGUUGGGUGUUGAUGUUAGUGGUGUUGUUAGUGUUUGAUGUUGAUGCCGGUCUUGGUGUUAGGUUGGUGUUGAUGUCGUUGUUGGAUGUCGGUGUUGGUUUGGUGUUAGUGUUGCUAUUAGUGUUUGAUGUUGGUGCUGGUGUUGAUGCUGGUGUUGGUGUUGAUGCUGGUAUUGGUGUUGAUGCUGGUGUUGAUGCUGGUGUUGCUGUUGUGUUGCUGUUGCUGUUGAAUGUUAAUGUUGGUGUUAAGGUUGGUGUUGAUGUCGUUGUUGGGUUGGUGUUGAUGUCGUUGUUGAUUGUCGGUGUUGGUUUGGUGUUAGUGUUGCUAUUAGUGUUUGAUGUUGGUGCUGGUGUUGAUGCUGGUGUUGGUGUUGAUAUUGAUGCUGGUGUUGAUGCUGGUGUUGGUGUUAAUGUUAAUGUUGGUGUUAUUGGUGUUGAUGUCGCUGUUGGUGUUGAUGUCGUUGUUGUCGGUGUUGGUUUGUUAGUGUUGCUAUUAGUGUUUGAUGUUGGUGCUGGUGUUGAUGCUGGUGUUGGUGUUGAUAUUGGUGUUGAUGCUGGUGUUGAUGCUGGUGUUGCUGUUGCUGUUGCUGUUGAAUGUUAA